GGGAGCCCGGCGGAGCCCAUGGCGGCGGCGCCGCGGGUCGUGCUGCUGCUGAGCGGCAAGAGGAAGUCGGGGAAGGACUUCGUGGCCGAGGAGAUCCAGAGCCGCCUGGGCCCCGAUGUGUGCACCAUCCUGCGCCUCUCCGGGCCGCUCAAGGAGCAGUAUGCCAAGGAGCACGGCCUCGACUUCCAGCGCCUGCUGGACGCCAGCGCCUACAAGGAGAGCUACAGGCAGGACAUGAUCCGCUGGGGCGAGGAGAAGCGCGGCGCCGACCCCGGCUUCUUCUGCCGGAUCGUGGUGGAGGGGGCGGCGCAGCCCGUGUGGGUGGUGAGCGACACGCGGCGCCUCUCGGACGUCGAGUGGUUCCGCGACGUCUAUGGCGACGCGGUGCAGACCGUGCGCGUGGUGGCCACCGAGGAGACGAGGAAGAGGAGGAACUGGGUCUUCGUCACGGGGGUGGACGACGCCGAGUCCGAGUGUGGCCUGGACCAAGGGGUGGCCUUCGACUGGGUCAUCACCAACGACGGGGACGAGCUGUCCCUGGAUGGGCAGCUGGAGACGCUGCUGCAGCGCGUGCGCCGGUGCCUCUAGCCCGGCCCGCGCCCCCA